AUGGCUAAUUGUUUGAAAGCAAGACCGGGACAAGUGGCGCUUCUCAAAGAACAGGAUCAGGAGGAAUUCAUUGGAGUUGCAAAGUUAACGAACGAAAGGGAAGUCAGGAUUUUGAGGCAGUUGCAAUUCCUGCGAGGUGUCGUCAAGAUUAAGAUGGAAAAGGAGCUCGAACCCGAUGUCCAUUUAUUAAUCACGCACUAUGCGGGACAGGAUCUCAAAUCCUACUGUCUCUGCAGGGUCGGCCCAGGACCGCCUGCAAUGGGCAUAGUAGUCGGUCUACUGACUGUGGUGCAGAAUGUUCACAACGCCGGUUUUGUGCACCUGGAUAUCAAGCCAGCUAACGUGGUGGUUCCUGUCAAUGUCACUGAUACCUCAGCAAUACUUUUGGACUUUGGACUGGCGUGCUCAACUGAGGAGACGCUUUGUGGACCGACCGGCACACAAGGCUGGAUGGCGCCGGAGGUGGAGGAGUUAGAGGAGAAUGAGGAGAAUGAGGAGAUCGAUCUCAAGUUGGCGGACAUUUGGAGUUUAGGGAAGGUCUUGUUAUUCAUGACUGACUCGUGCACUUUUACUGAACAGGAAAAAGAUUUGGCUGAAACGCUGGGGAAGAGAAUGAUUUCGGUGGACCCAGAUGAACGUCCCUCUUUAGCUGAUGUACUCUCCCAAGUUUGGCAGAUGGUUGGACACUUGUAA